GAGCGCCAGUCGACUGAAGAGCAUCUUCUCUGUCAAGAUUAACCAAACAGCCUGAUUUUCUGGUAGCUUUAUUGUUUUAGAAUUAGUGCAGAACACGUAUACCAAUGUUAAAACUAAUAUUUCACCUUUGCGCCUUACGUUGGUGGUUUAUAUUAAAAAUAUUUUCCUUAAAUUAGUAGAGUUCGAUUACUCGACCAUCUGCCAGCCAACCUGCGGAGUUAGCCUGGUUAGCCGUUAGCUGGAUGCGCAGCAGCAGAGUGUCGUCUGGCAGCUACUAAACCAUCGGACCAAUGUCUCAAAAAUCAACCUGGAUUUGUUUUACCUCGUUGGAGACGAACAUUGGUCGCUAAUCUUAACGGAACCUGCCCAGCAGAGUGACCCGGAGACGCGGAUGUUUCUGUCUGACGGUUUAUUGUUCAGCGGCUAACCGAAGCUAGCCUGUUAGCAGCUAACCCGUUAGCAGCGGCUGUGAAGCCUGGCCUCUGCAUGGCGACAACAGACUGACGGCAGCAGGAGAGAGCAGCCAAUCAGCUGAGGCCCGCCCCGUAGCAACAUGGCGUCCCGUCAGAGGAACUCGGUCCGGAUCCUGUCGAGCCGGGAGCGGGGAUCCCAGACGUUCGGCUCGCAGCGGCUCCUGCAGCUGCUGGUGGAGGAGAAGGUCCGCUGGAUGAAAUGGCAGAGUCAGAAAGUGGAGCUUCCAGACAGCCCUCGAUCAACGUUCCUGCUGGCCUUCAGCCCCGACAGGUCUUUAAUGGCCUCCACGCACGUCAACCACAACAUCUACAUAACGGAGGUGAAGACUGGAAAGUGCCUCCAUUCCUUAGUGGGCCACCGGAGAACCCCCUGGUGUGUGACCUUUCACCCCACCAUUCCUGGCUUGGUGGCCUCCGGGUGCCUUGAUGGGGAAGUCCGCAUUUGGGACCUGCAUGGCGGCAGUGAGAACUGGUUUACGGAGAGCAACGUGGCCAUCGCCUCUCUGGCCUUCCACCCGACCGCCCAGCUCCUCCUGAUCGCCACCAACAACGAGCUUCACUUCUGGGACUGGAGCCGGCCGGAGCCGUUCGCCGUGGUCAAGACGGGCAGCGACACGGAACGAGUGAGGUUGGUGAGAUUUGAUCCUCUGGGUCACAACCUGCUCACGGCGAUCGUGAAUCCGUCCAAUCAGCAGAAUGAGGAAGACUCUGAGGUCCCGAUGGACAGCGUGGAGAUGCCUCACUUCCGCCAGCGCUCCUUCCUGCCUUCCCAGCCGGUUCGCCGGACGCCAAUCCUCCACAACUUCCUGCACAUCUUGUCGUCUUCUCGCUCCCCGGGACCCAACGUCGGAGCCGAGCAGCCGCCGCCUCCGCCACCGCCGCGGCCCGUAAGCGACGGCGGCAGCGGAGUCAGUGAAUCGCCCGGCGGUCCCAGCGGCCCCUCGCUCCCUGGCUGCACCCAGCACCUGGGCAUGGUGUGCGUCUGCACCCGCUGCUCCGUCAGCCGGAAGCGCUGCCUGCCCACCGGCGCCUCCACAUCGACACCGUCGGUUUCCACGGAGACGCCGACGCUCUCCACGGCCUCCACCUUCUCUUCGGCCCGCACGGAGCCGCGGCAGCCCUCGGAUCGGCCCUCCGCCUUCACCUCUGUCUACUACAGCGCCGGCGCCUCCCUGAACCCCAUCAUGCCGAACAUCAUGGAGCCGCUGGGCGCCGCCCGGCCCGGCCCGGACUGGACCCGCAGCCUGCUGAACAUGCGGGACAGCACGGCAGGCCCUGCCAUGCUUCCUCCCAGGACCUCCUCCUCUUCCUCCGUCAGUCUGCUGUCAGUGCUCCGCCAACAGGAUGGCUCGUCCCAGUCGCCGCUCUACACCUCUGCCUCCGAGGGGCGGGGCUUCGCCCAGCAGGGGGAACCAGGGAGUCGGGACGGCGCCGGGACGAGCAGCGGCCACCACCCAUUUUGGGACGGCGGCCGCGGCUCCUCGGCCUCCUUCCGGAACGUUCUGCAGUGCAACCUGAGCCGCUACUUCCUGGAGAUCGACCGCAUCGACAUCGACCCGUCGCUGGGCGGCAGCAUCGCCGAUGGCAACCAGGAGCCAAGCCAAGAGCUGCUGAACAACAACAUGGACCCGGACAGGCCGGGCCAGUCCUCCUCUUCCUCGCCUACCAUCAUCCACUACCAGCCACCAGCGCCCCCGCCCGCCACCCACAGCUUGGAGAACAACGUGCCGCCGACGCCGCCGUCCUCCAGGGGGCACCACCUGAACCGCUGCCGGGCCUGCCACAACCUGCUCACCUUCAACCAGGACUCCCAGCGCUGGGAGCGCACGCACCAGACCUCCUCCACCACCUCCUCCUCUUCUUCGCUGGAUCCUCCCUCCUCUUCCUCCUCCUUCCCCUCGCCUGCCGCCGCCUGGCAGCCGGAGGAGAGCAGGAGGGCGGCGCCAGAGGCCAGCGAACAGCCGCCUCUUCCUCCAGGAGGAGGAGCGGUGGCGUUCCCACUGGCGCCGCCGCCCAGCCAGGCCGCCGAACAGACAGUGGGCCUGGUCUACAACCAGGACACGGCGCAGUGGGAGAGGGUUUACCGGCAGGCCACCGCCAGCCGGGCCGUCGAGCCGCCAGAGGCCUUAAGCCAAGAAAUGCCUGUUGACCCGCCGGAUGAGGAUUCCCUGAGGAGGCGGCUGCUGGAGUCAUCCCUGCUAUCGUUGUCUCGAUACGACAUGUCCGGGUCCAGAGACCAUCCCAUCUACCCAGACCCGGCCAGGCUUUCUCCUGCAGCCUACUACGCUCAGAGGAUGAUCCAGUAUCUGUCCAGGAGGGACAGCAUCCGCCAGCGUUCCCUCCGGUACCAGCAGAACCACCGCAUGCGAACCAUGUCCACGUCCUCUGACAGCCCCACCCCCAAUCCGUCCAGCGCCAUGGACAACAGCGACGUCGACUUCGAGGAGCUGGAUGAUAACGGAGACAGAGCGAGACACAGGACACCCCGGAAUGCCAGGAUGUCUGCUCCGUCGCUGGGGCGAUUUGUCCCGCGCCGUUUCCUCCUGCCGGAGUACCUGCCGUACGCCGGGAUCUUCCACGAACGAGGACAGCCGGGUCUGGCUACACACUCGUCUGUCAACAGAGUUCUCGCUGGAGCCUCUAUUGGCGAAGGUCAGUCUGCGGUCGCCAGCAACAUCGCCAACACGACGUACCGCCUGCAGUGGUGGGACUUCACCAAGUUUGACCUCCCAGAGAUCAGUAACGCCUCGGUCAACGUUCUGGUGCCAAACUGUAAAAUCUACAACGACGCCAGCUGUGACAUCUCCGCAGAUGGUCAGCUGCUGGCGGUUUUCAUUCCCAGCAGUCAGCGGGGUUUUCCUGACGAGGGCAUCCUGGCCAUCUACUCUCUGGCGCCACACAACCUGGGAGAAAUGCUCUACACCAAGAGAUUCGGUCCCAACGCCAUCUCCGUCAGCCUGUCCCCCAUGGGGUGCUACGUCAUGGUGGGCCUGGCGUCCCGCAGGAUCCUGCUGCAUCCCUCCACCGACCACAUGGUGGCGCAGGUGUUCCGCCUGCAGCAGCCGCACGGAGGAGAGACGUCCAUGAGGAUGGUCUUCAACGUGGUUUACCCCAUGGCUCCGGACCAGAGACGCCACGUCAGCAUCAACUCGGCCCGGUGGCUGCCGGACCCGGCCAUGGGUCUGGCCUACGGCACCAACAAGGGAGACCUGGUGAUCUGCCGGCCUGUGUUCUACAGAAGCGACGGUGAGAGUCCUGCCGAGCCCAGCAGCGAACCGCUGUUCUCCGUCAACAACAGCGGAACCGGCCGGACCCGAGGUUCUGACAGACCAGGACCGAACCGCUCCGGCUGGAGGCUCGACAGAGACAUGGGACUGAUGAACGCCAUCGGUCUGCAGCCCAGAAACCCCGCCCCCUCUGUGACAUCACAGGGAACGCAGACGCCAAUCGUCCAGCUGCAGAACGCCGAGACGCAGACGGAGAGAGAGCUGUCGGAGCCCGGCGCGUCGCAGCAGCCCCCCAGCGCUGAAGCUCCAUCUACGAGUCGAGCUGCUCAGGCGCCUCCAGAGACGCCCGAGAGCAGCGCCGUCCAAGAUGGAGUCCGGACUGAAGCGUCCGGCAGUCCAGCAGCUGGUCCAGCCGAGUCCGCAGAGUUCGGUUCCGGAGAGGACGCCCUGGCUCGGAUCCGGCGGCUGAUCGCCGAGGGCGGCAUGACGGCGGUGGUGCAGCGGGAGCAGAGCACCACCAUGGCGUCCAUGGGCGGCUUCGGCAACAACAUCAUUGUCAGCCACCGCAUCCACCGGGGCUCCCAGACGGGCCCCGGGGCCUCCAGGGCCCCCGCCGAUUCGCCCCUCCUUGUCCCCCAGCCCUUCCCGCUCCGCCCCCUGCCGGCCGCCGACCGCCUCUCCCCCAUGUGGGGCCCCCAGGUGCUGCGGGGCCCCGCGCCGUCGGGGCUCUCUGUGGCGGUGGACAUGGACGACGUUUUUGACGGCGGACGGAACGACGACGACUCGCUGCCCGGACCUUCCUCCUCCUCCCUGCUGCUGUCCUCCCCCUCUUCCUCCUCCUCAUCCUCUCACAGCCCGUUGCCCAGCAACGGAGGCAGGCCCAACAGUUACCCCGGCGACCCGUACAGCAGGUAGUGCUCUGAUUGGCGGAGAGGAGCAGAGUCCGGAGUGCUGCUCAAAGCCUUAACUCUCACAGAAACAGGUGCUGCUUUGACACUGAAGGCCCCUUCCUCAUGCUGCCUCACUCCUCUUCCUCACCCGUCACUAGUUUCCCUCCGCACUUUUCAACCCAGGCUGAAGCUGAGCUGAACUGCGAUCAUUCCUCCCCGACUUCUCUGCUUCAAAGUGCCAUCUCUGAGGGGGUGACGACGAAGAGGAGGAGGAGGAAGAGGAGGUCAGUCACCUUCCUCACAGAUUGUCCGGAGCCGCCACGUCCGGCGCCGUGUGAUGUGGAGGCGUAAAGCAGAGACUGAAGUGUCCAGCGCCGAGUUUUUGUUGUGAGACUCUUUGGUUUUUGGUUUGGGGGACGACGUCCUGUGAGAGGACGGUGGGCGUGGCGAGGUGGUCGGGGUCAAAGGUUACAGGUGGACAGUCCUGACUGCAGACUGAUUGGACAGAUGAGACUGAAUCUGCUGCGGAUCAUGAAAAAAAGAACUUUUUUUGUUUUUAAAAGAAGGAGAGCCGAUGGGGGAAACCACAGGACUGUUCAAGCCCCGCCCCCCAUCCUUCUUAAAACCCAGUUGCACUACGGUGUGUUUUGGUGCUACAUGAGCCUGAACAGAAGUGUGUGUGUGUGUGCGUGUGUGUGAUUUUAAUGAACGACUUCAGAUUUCAUCCA